AUGGCUAAUGAUAAUAAUUCUUUCUUCUUUGUGCCACCGUUCAUCUUCGAUGAAAUCCAGGGCAAUGAUCAUGGUGGUGACUAUGGCGGUCCUAUUAUUUCAGAUGAAUUAGAUGAGAUGAUCAAACCAAACAAUAAAGACCAUUCCUUUGGAGGAAUAAUAUUGGACGAUCAUGAUGAUGAUGAUCAAUAUGGCUUAUUCUAUGAUCAACAUAACAUGACGAUGAUGAUGAUGGCUGAGAAAGAAGUACUAGAACCAGCAAUAUUCUCUCAACAAGAUCAUAAUCACCAACAAAAACAACAAGAAUUGCCCAACAAAUCCGCGGAUUACUCAAUUUUUGAUGAUUUCGAUGCGAUUUCGAUGAAUUUCAAUGAUCAUAAUACUAACAAGAUGGUGGAAGCUUGCAAGAAGCAAGUGCCAUCUACUACUACUCCUCCUCCUCCUCCUUUUGCUUCUUUAGAGCUUCUUAGCCAAUAUGAAAGUGGACUUAACAAGUUGAGUCGUAACAAGAACAUGAAGAUAAUAGGCAACACAGAAAGCAGCAAUAGCCAAAUGAGUAGUAGCAGUAGUCAUUAUACGACACGUCGUUCGAAGCUAUCAACUGAAGAUAUUAUGAGGAUAGCCGGAUCAUGUUACAUACGAUUCUCGAGUGUCCCGGGAACAAACGACAUCGUUUUGAUGCACCCUUUUGGAAGUUAUGCUCUCUCAGGUUUAUCCCAAGGCGAAACCAAAGACGUGCAGCUAGUCCACCUUCUCUUAUCCGUAGCUGAAAAAGUCGAGGACCAACAGUUUGACCGAGCCACUAGAUUGCUCCAAAGUCCUCAACUCACUACUACUUAUUACUCAUCAUCUAAAGCCAACUCAGUUGAGCGAGUUGUCCUCUCUUUUGCCGAAGCUCUUCGAGAGAAAAUCGAUUCAGAAACUGGUUUUAUUACUAGAAGAAAAAGAAGAUCAAUGGACCGUACUACUAGUAAUAAUAAUAAGGAUGUCAAAGUAGAAAUAAGUCUUGGUUUGAAUACAAACAUCUUAAGCGUUACGUGCUUUCAACGACUCCCUUUUCCUCAAGUACUUCAUUUUCCAGCCAUUCAAGCUAUAAUCGAGAGUUUAGAUGAGUUUGUUGAUACUAAGAAUAAGCUUCAUGUGAUCGAUCUCGAGAUCAGAAGUGGGGUUCAAUGGACGCUUCUGAUGGAAGCUUUAGCAGAGCGAAAUAAUAAGAAUGGUCAUCAAGACCGUCCAUUAUUUCAGCUUCUUAAGAUCACAGCCAUCGGAACUCCAGAUAAUCAGAUCAAAAUAGAGGAGACCCAGAACCGUUUGAAGAAUCUAGCUGAGUCUUUGAACAUACCCUUUUUGUUUAAACCCUUGAUCGUAUCAGAUAUGAAUGAUAUCAACGAAGGUAUGAUCGAAACCGAGGAAGAGGAGACUUUAGCUGUGUUCUCUUCGUUACUGUUAAGGAUGAUGUUGUAUAACCCAUGUAGUUUGGAGAAGUUGAUGAGAGUUAUCAAAACCCUACAGCCAUCCAUAAUGGUUGUCGUAGAAAUCGAAGCUAAUUUAAACUCACCGUCGUUUGCGAACCGGUUCAUAGAAGCGUUGUUCUUCUACGGCGCUUUCUUUGACUGUUUUGCGACUAGUUUGAAAGAGGACGAGGAGUUUAAAACGACAAUGGAGGAGGUCUUGGGAAUGGGGAUUGAGAAUAUUGUGAGUAAGGAAAAUGGCGAGAGGGUUAUUAGGAGUGUGAGGAUUGGAGUUUGGAGAGCUUUCUUUGAGAGGUUUAGAAUGGUGGAGAGUAAGUUGAGUGAGUCUUCUGUGUACCAAGCUAGCUUAGUGGCUAAGAAUUUUGGCUGUGGAAGUUCUUUGACUAUGGAAAGGAAUGGAAAGGGUUUGAUUGUUGGGUGGAAAGGAACUCCCAUUAAUUCCCUUUCAGUUUGGAAAUUUGGUCGAGAUCGGGGUUCAAGGUCAUGGUCGAGUUCGAGGUCGACGUCGGAGCACAUAUGA